AGUUAUCAACUAAACAUCUAGCGGGGCCCUGACCCAGGCAGUUGCGCAUUGAGGUCAUCAAAACCCAGUGGCGCAUUCCCUUUUUCAUCUUACGAUUCAACCAACCCCUUGAAUCGCCGGCGACUCUGAUAAAAUGGAGCGCCACAGCAACCGAUACAGUAGCCGCCGAGUCCAGCUCAACGAUUCCAAGCCUCGUUUCGACGCCGAGCCUCAGCCGUCCGCUGAAAAUUCGUCGGAAAAUCUGGAGCCGUUUAUGGGUGUUAAAGCUCGAAGGUUGGCUUCCUUUCACAGGGAUUAUAGAGGGGAUUAUCUUGAUGUUUCUUCUAAUCCUUACAUUUUGAAGAUCCUCGAUAAACAAGGUGACAGGCAAGUUCUUUUUGCUGAUAAAGUUUUGAAGUUCACUAGUACUGGGAAGAUGAAGAGGCGCAUCUUGAUAGUGACAGACUUCGCUCUCUAUGUGAUUGAUCCUGAGAGUUAUUCACUUAAACGGCGGAUUACCCUCUCAGCGGUAGAGAAGCUGUAUCUAAGUAAAUUGUCUGAUAAUUUCUUCGCAAUUGUCAUUCCGACAGAGUAUGAUGUCCUGAUGGCGAGCACUAGAAAGACUGAAAUUGUUACUGUCUUGGUGGAUGCUGCAAAGAAUACAUCUAACUUUGAGAUUGAUGUGAUUUUCAAGAACAGAUUCCAGUAUAACCCAGCUGCUGAUUUGGUGAAGGAAGUCCAUUUCGAGGAAGUUGAAGGUGGUGUAAAGACGCAAAUUUUACGCAAGCCCGAGGAAGAUUAGUUUGGCUUACUAAGAGUUGAGAUUUUUUAGUGUUGCGGAUACAUUGCUGUAUGAUGACGGAUGUCCCUGGGUUUGCUGGCAGGCUCUGCAUCAUGUAUCCAGGUCCUCGAUACUAAAACCUUAAUGCUACGUAACGUGUAAUCAUGUACAUCAUUCUUUGUAUUGUUUUUAUAAUUUUUAAUCUCAUGUUUGUUCUUACGGAAAUUUUAGAUGAUCCAAAUGUGUAAAUGUACUCCAAAAUCCAUCAUAAUAAUAAUAUUAAGGUCGGUUUCCAAUAUUUAA